UUCUCUCCUCUAACCUUCACUUCACUCAUCACCGACAACAUACAACAUCUAACCUUUUGUGGUUAAUUUCUGGGUUUUUCUUGCUAAAAUUGAACGAAUUUGGGGGGUUUUUGCUCGUCUCUUUCAUAAUUUUCAGAAUAAGAAUCGGUCUCUUAUUCCGAGGUCCAAAUCUAAAUGGUCUUAUCGGGAGGCAGUUAGGCUCAACUGCAGGAUAUUCUUACUCUUCUGCUUACAAGAAUAAGGUCGUUUUGUGGGGAGAAGAUACAUUGUACGACUACCUGUUGAACCCAAAGAAGCGUUGUUUAGGAGCUGGAUUUGCACGAUUUUCUGCUCAUACUGUACUUUUGCAGCAAAAGAAGCCUUGUACAGUAGCUUGAUUCCCACGGAUUGUCUGCUCUUAGUGUAUUUUUGCGGCAAAAGAAGGAGGAAAUUAUAUACGUACAUACGGAGUAAUAAUUUACCCAAACGAAGGCGGCUAAAAGAGUAAAAGGUAAAAUUGAAGCCCGCGCAUCAAUUUCACUUUCAUAAAAAAGUGAAACCUCUUUCUCAUUCAAUUCAUCAGGAAUAAAAAAGUUAAACCUCCAUCAAACAUCCAUAGAAAAACCUUCAUCAACCGCUUACUCCACUGCCGCUCCACGUCUAUCUGCAGUACCGGCGUACCACACUUGUUUGCUGAGCCACCUGCAGUAAAUUGAGGUUGAUGUCAAAAAAGAGAAAGCAAGCAAGUGCUAAUGAGGCCUCUAAAACUGGCGAGGCUGAAGAAUCUGCUGAGUGUGAGAAUCGAAGGGGUCGUACAGUAGCUGCAGUAUUUGGAAAAGCAAUUCUGAGUGGUGUCAAAAUCCCGUUGGAAUGGAAUCACAAUAAAGUGCCAAUUGGGGAAAAUAGAGAUAUUUUUUCAUCAUACAUUGUAGUUGUUCGUGAAAAAGUGAAUAUCAAUUAUCGCGACUGGGAGGAAGUUCCGAAAGAAGUUAUUGAUGACCUCUUUAAAUUCAUUAUGAGAGGAUUUAUAGUGCCGGAAGAACGUAGAAAUUAUGUAUUAGGGAGAGCUUCAAUCCGGUGGAGAGCUUUCAAGGCCAGAUUAAGAAAGGAUUGGAUGUACGACACCAAGGGAGUAAAUCCAAAUGUGAUAAUAAAGAAGCCACCUUCGAUAUAUCCAUUAAUAACACAAGCUGAUUGGACCAAGUUCAUUGAAACAUAUACUGAUGAUGCGUUUAAGGAACUAAGUGACAAGAAUCGAAAGAGGGCGAAAAUGAAUACUUCAAGAUAUCGAGGAGGUCAAAAAGGGCACUUGUAUUAUGAACAAGAGAUUGCUGCUGAACUUCAGAAACAAGGAGUGCAAGUUAGAGACGUGCCUCGACAUUUGGUUUGGAUAAGAGCUCAUUCCAAACAAAAAGAUGGUGCAAUGACCUUUGACAAUCCUGCUGAUUUUGAAAUAGCUCAAACAAUUGUUAACGUGGAGCAAUUGAUAGAACUUGGUGAUUCAAAUGGAAACCAAGUUGCCCAUCAGUUAGCGGGUAUCCAAGCUGGUGGAUCUGGUGGCCAAGGUUUAGAUGGCCUUGGCUUGGGUCGUGACAGUUGGCUUCAAGGUCUUAGCUUCCAACUUGCCUCAGAGCAAAACAAAGUUACAUACCCAUCAGUUAGCAAGUGUCCAAAAGGGUGGUUCUGGUGAUGAAGAGUUAGAUGAUCAUUUAGAUGUCUUUGGCUCCAAAGGUGACCAAGGGUUUCGAGGUUUCAACUUCCAAGACCAGAAUUUUCAAGCAUGUGAGGUUCAACCCGAGCCAUACCAUGUUGCGUGGCCUGAGGAGGAAUAUGUGCUAGAAAAUGAGAAUUUGGAAACGCAUGUACUCAAUAAUGAACAAGACAUUACUGGCCAACCAUUUCCAAAGGGAGUUGAUAGUCUUUGUUCCUUGGCAAUUAAGAGUGACAAAGGGGUCGAUAUAGUUGCUAUUGGAGAAGUGUUUGUUGGGAUGGAAGGAUAAGUUGUCAAGCAUCAUUUCAAGCCUGUCCCAAGUGGUCAUUAUCGAGUUUGUGUUAAAGAAGAAAUCAACCCAAAUGCACCUCUGCCAUCUCCUGAAAGGGAGAUAAGAUUCAUUUGUCAAACUUUAAAUUAUUAUUUAAUAUGGCCUUCUCACUUGGUUUUUCCUAUAAAGAAGGCUGAUAAGCAAGUCACUAAAGAAAUCGCUGCACCAUCUCCACACUCUCCAUCAUCACAAUCAUCAUGCACUCGAAAGUACACAAUAACUCAUGCUGAUAAGUUGAAGUUGACUUCUAAUUUGGUUCGAGUAUUUAAGGAUGUGGCUAUUGCAAUGAAAACGAGCGGUAAAACCAAAUCUUUUACAGUUUUGGCUAGAGUGUUUCAAAAUGAGCAAUGUGUUACCCUUGAUUUUGAAGACAUGCUUGACUGGUGCUUCCAAAGAGAGAUAAAAUCGUCACACGUCAAUUUUAAUGAUGUAUAUGAGUGAGAUUGUCAUACAGAAGGUAUCUCAGGGUUGUAUGGAUUUUGUGAUUGCAACUAUCUAUCCCCGUAUGCUCCAACUGUGGAAAAAGACAAUGAUCGAUGUGACUAUCUAGCUAGGCUAUUUUCAUGUAAUGAUGCUAAAAACAAAAAUCAGCUCUUCUUUGCCCCGUAUUAUGAGGAUGGACAUUGGAUGUUGGCUAUUAUUUGUCCAUGGGUUGGUUUGGUGCAUUGGCUAGAUCCCGCGGGAGUAAAAGAUGAACCUCCCAAAUUUGCUCAAACAAUAAUCAACAAGGCAAUGAACAAUUUUAGCACGGAACAUCGAAAGGAUAUCACAAAAAUAAAGAAGAAACCUUACAUUAAAUGGAUAAGCAUAGAGUGUCCUCGUCAAGCUAAUGGCUCUAGUGAUAGUGGAUAUUACGUUUGUCGCUACAUGAUUGAGACAAUUGAAUCUAGGCAAAUGAUCAUCCCCGACAAGUAUUUUAAGCAAGUUCCUCAUACAUAUUCUCAACAAAUGAUUGACGAGCUUAGAGAAAGGUGGAUUUCACGUGUUACCGGAUACCAUCAACCAAACGACGACGACGAUGAUUUAUGUGAAUUUUAGAUCAAUAUGGUAUUAGUAUAUUUUGGGGCAUCAAUUUUUUUUUAAUCAACAUUAACUACAAAGGUUUUUUAUAUUUAACUCACGUAUUUGUUUGUAUAGAACAAAUUUUGUAUGAAUGAUUCAAUUUAAUUGUGGUUGGAUGUUUUAAAAUAUAUAUAUGAAGUAUAUUUUGAUGGCUUUCGUCAUAUCUG